AUGGCAUACGCGCUGCGGAAGCCAUUUUCAGGCGUCACGGGCGAGAGGAUCACGGUGAUGACAAGUAACAAAGCAGCGGUGUUUAUGCUUAGCCGACCGCACCAACAGUCCGGACAAGAGUUUAUACGGUGCAUUUACGAUUCUGUGGAAGAGCUUCGAAAGGAGGACAACGCCAUUACAGUACAGUGGAAGGCUGCAAGUGAGGAAGACGAACUGCUUAAGCAAGCAAAGACACAAGCGCGCGAAGCGACCAAAGAGGGGCUACUCCGCAAGUACAGUUUCCAAUGA